GGGAGGGUUCUGGAUUGUAAACAGCGAAUUAAUUUAUUCGAAAAGUCUUGUACAACCAGGCCUGCUACUGUACUUUGGACUGAAAUUACACCACUGUCAUGUCUGUAGCUUUACGCAUAUUUUCACCGUGGCGAUUUUUCAGAUUUAUGAGCCUUGUCUAAUCAUCAGACCAAUGAGGGUGUGUCUAACUACCAAUGAAUGAAAAUCAGAGGAAUCGUCAAGUAACUAAUUAUUGAUGGCCCAUCGAAUUCUGUCACAACAUGGGCUGUCCAAGUAUAACAUAUUCCCACUCUGAAGCUGCACACAGCUGAUUCUAUGAUGGGGGCAACGGUGGAGCAAUUCAACUGUGCAAAGAGUCAGAUGGGCACGCUGAAGAAAGACCCUGGCAAUGAGGCCAAGCUGAAAAUCUAUGCUCUCUUCAAACAGGCUACUCAGGGACCCUGUAACACACCCAAGCCAGGGAUGCUUGACUUUGUCGGCAAGGCCAAAUGGGAUGCCUGGAAGUCUCUGGGAUCUGUAUCUCAGGAAGAAGCCAGACAGCAGUAUGUGGACCUGAUUGAUUCUCUCCUCGCUCCUGAGGGACUUGUGGUAGCCGCACAGCCCACUGGGAGCGCUGCCUCCUUUGACACGCUGCUGGUCUCCACAGAGGACAACGUCACCACUAUCCGGUUCAAUAGGCCACAGAAGAAGAACGCCAUCAAUGUGGAGAUGUACAACGAGAUCAUCAAGGCUCUGGAGGAAUCUGGCAAAGAUGACUCUGUCAUUACUGUAAUCACAGGUAGUGGAGACUUCUACUGCAGUGGCAAUGACUUGACAAACUUCACCAAAAUCCCUCAGGGCGGGAUGCAGCAGAUGGCAAAAGAUGGAGGCGAGUUGCUGAGGGAGUUUGUCAAAGCAUUCAUCGACUUCCCCAAGCCCCUGAUUGCAGUGAUCAACGGUCCGGCUGUGGGCGUGUCCGUCACUCUACUGGGCCUGUUCGAGGUGGUCUACGCCACGGAGAGGGCUACAUUCCACACCCCCUUCAGCCAGCUGGGACAGAGCCCAGAGGCCUGCUCCUCCUACACCUUCCCCAAAAUGAUGGGCAAUGCAAAGGCCAGUGAGAUGCUGCUGUUCAACAAGAAACUGACAGCCACCCAGGCGUGUGCCCAGGGCCUGGUUACCGAGGUCUUUCCCGACAGCAGCUUCCAAACCGAGGUGGCCACCAGACUGAAGGCUUAUGCCAAGCUUCCCAGGAAUUCCCUAACACUUUCCAAGCAGCUGAUCCGUGGGACAGAGAAGGAACGUCUCCACACUGUCAACGACCAGGAGGUGGAGCGCCUGGUGGAGCGCUGGCUCUCAGACGAGUGCAUGCAGGCCAUCAUGAGCUUCUUCCAGGCUAAGCUGUGAGGAGGUGAUCCUCCCCCUGCAGAGUCCCGCAGACAGAGUCCCACGGAGCAGAGCGCCUAGCCUUAGUCGUGUUCAUUAGGUACCAAGCAGAAGAAAAAUCUGACUUACAGGGAGUGACUACUACUACCUGUUCUUAGAAGAAACACAAAUUUCUGUUUUUGAUUGAUUUUUUUUUUAUGUAUUCCAUUGCGUGCCCUAAUGAGCAUUACCCACAUUACACCAGCCUUAAGCAGAUGCCUUAUUUUCUACUGUUUUAUCGGAUUGGCUGUGUAAAUUAAUUAUAAUAAUACACAAAAACCCAUUAUGUACAUUUUACCGUUGAUCUGGUUGGUUUUGCAUUUAACAUAUCUGGGCAUUCCCUGUUUUGAAACACCUUUGAGGGAAUGUAACUUACAUGGACUUCAGCUACCAAGGGGUGUGUAUUGUAAAUUGAAGGUGGGUGGUGCCUUAGUCCAGAUUGCCUUAGGACUGAACAAAGGCUUUGGAAUACCUUCCAAGAGGAAGUGUCUUGUGGUUUUAUAUGCACAAAAAAAAUAUUUGUGGAGAUGACAUUGUUUCACACAUCCAACUAUAUCUGUUUGAAAAUAAAUCUAUUUCUACAAUCAAGCAAA